AUAGACGAAGUGGCACAGCAGUAAAAGUGAACAGUUUCAUAAUUUUUCUUCUAUUCGACGACCUGAGAGCACUAAUAAAAGAAAGUUCUGUUGGGGACCCAAAGCAAUAGUUCAUAAAUUUAAUAAGAAUGAAUUUGAGAGUUGAAUGUCGUGUGUAGUAUUUGUGUGCCAUCUAGCAGCAUCCGUGGAAUAUUGAAAAGGGAAGAAGAUGGAAUGCGAUACACAGAAUGCCAAUCACUGCGGCAGCUGCCGCUACUUACGAGAUGAAAUAUAGCAGUAGCGAAAGAGUACAUAAGCGAAAACAAAAGAAUAUUCGGUGAACAAUAAGAAAGCCGAAAUUGAAGAAGAUUGGGGAGCGUCAUCGUCAUCAUAAUCAUUGGUGAGAGCAUCUCGUCGGAGAGCAAUAAACGAUAUAAACGAAGGUUACUGCCAGAGGGAAAACUAGUAAAAAAAACAAAGGCAACCUCAGCAUCAUUUCGAUCAUCACAAGCUCAGUGCUAUUUAAUCGGCCUUCCAUUCCGUACGUGUGUGCUACUUGAACUUGGGUCAUUUUUUGUUCCACACUUGUUGAACUUCUGGAGCUUGAAGCGAGAUGCUUUCACGCAAAAGCAAGGAUAAAUCCAUCAAGGAUGGAGUCGUCGGGAAGUAUGUGAAACGAGACACGCCACCGGAAAUACCAAUAAUUAAUGUAUUAACAAGCGAGUCGCAGGGAAGAACGAAACUAGCGAAAGCUAGAAGAAGCUCGCAGCAAAUAUUCAGUACGAAUAAUGUAGGUCAAAACAAUAAUGUCUACAUACCGGGCCCGCUGAUGCCAAACAAUAACGUCAAUAAUGUCCAGAAAUUUGGGAAUGCUAAGGUGACAGCUUCUAUGGGUGGUUUGGGGCACGAAGGUAAAUAUACCCCGAGCAGCAAGAUUCCAAAUCUUGCUCAGAAGUUUGUUAAUCUGUCGCUGCAAAACGACCAACCAAACAUAUUGAAUCCUACAAGUAGUGUACUGAUGGUAGCAAACAAUAAAAAUCACAUGUCGCAACAGAUGCAACAGCAGUCAUCGAUGAUGUUGUCGAAGCCGUCCAAUCUGAAUUUGGCCUCGAAUGCUAUUAACAAUAUGGGUUCUCAUGAUCGUCAGCAUAAUCAUAACAACAAUCAUGGAAAUUACGUUGAUAUCGAAACGAUAGAUCAGAUUCUGAAACAACAGAGUGAAGCUGACAAAGCAGCAAAUCAGUACCGAAUCCAGCAGCAACUGCAGCAGGCUCAGCAGCAACAUUUGCGUCAGCAGUAUAUAUCGAACUUCGAGCGAAAGUAUUCCUACAACCAACUACAUCACAAAACCAACAACGCCAAUUACCGCAAUGGUUUUGAAAACUACGGAAAUUUGUUAAGAAACAAUAGCCCAAUUGGUGGUGUUGCUGCCGUAUCUAGUAAUGUGAACCUCGCAGCCGAACAGCAGCCCUCCUUCGUUCGUCAAUAUUCCACCAGGCAACAACUGCCUACUCCGAAGGAUCAUUAUCACAUUUACGAAAAUCCCGCGCAGAUCAAUCGUUCGGAAUCACCCAUUUAUAGCAACACCAAUUCCGCUGCUCUCUAUCAGCCUUAUCAGAAUAGCAACUCGUCACAUCAGUCGCUAUUCGCGAACGUGGCAAAUACUUCGAGUAACGUAGCCGCCGUGUCUUCCUCUAUCAGCUAUUUGGCUGCCCGAAGCCAACAACCGCAACCCCAACAGCCGCUAUAUUCUAAUGUGGAGAACAACGGCAUGACGUAUGGCGAAGCUCUACUGCACAAUGCACGCCAUGGCUCCGCAACUACUGUCCAACAACACCAGCAAGCCUCGACGGAAACCAACAAUUCGGCAGCGGAAGAAGAACUUCCACUACCUCCAGGCUGGUCAGUGGAUUACACCCUCCGCGGUCGAAAGUAUUAUAUUGAUCACAACACAAAAACUACUCACUGGUCCCAUCCACUCGAGCGUGAAGGGCUCCCCACCGGUUGGGAACGACACGAGUCUGCUCAGCAUGGUACUUUUUAUUACAAUUGCAUUACCGGACAAGCCCAGGACAGUCAUCCCUAUUUAACAUCCUGUUACUUGCAUCAUGCCACUCCGGUGGAAAUUCCACGGCCACUAAUUGCGUCCCAUACGCAUUUUACACCGCAUAGUGCGCUUGUUCCAGCGAACCCCUAUCUGCUGGAGGCUGUUCCCGAAUGGUUGGAGUUUUAUGCGAAAUCUUCCCCCGAGAAUGAUCACAAGCUGAAAUGGGACAUGUUCCAGCUGCAGCAACUCGAAGGGAUUGCAGGGAUGUUAACGAAAUUGUUUCGCCAGGAGUGUCACAUGAUUGUGGUCAAGUACGAAACUUUGAGGAUAGCGAUCCGCUCGAUGAUGGAGGAAAAGAAGCGACUAGCCUACCUUAGCAACGGCGAUUCGAAUGCCUAGGACGUCUCACAUUUCGCUAGACAGACAAACGAAAAACUUACGCUUCAAGACGAUCUUUUUUCACUACGAAAACAAACAUUUCGUUUCAACGUACGAUGAUGAGAUUAUUAAUCGAUGUGUGCAGUAUCACUUAAGUGCACACUAUACCUACUGUUAUGAGCUGGGCAUGUGCCGCCACCCGAUAUAUUUCGCACUUUUAAGCAUUCUGUAACGAUUUUAUUAUUUAAAAAAAUUGUGAUAUGCAAUAGUUCCUCUGUAACGAACUAAGAGAAUAUGUUCCGCUAACUGUACGGUUAGCCUAACAGGCUAACACAAUGCGGCCGUGAGGCUUUCGAUCUAGGAGAUUGCUUCAUCAAACAAAGACCCAUUAUUAACGACCAUAGUGCCUUUUACUCAUUACGACUGUUAACGAACUUAAAGUUGGUUACAAUUGGUAGACUUUUACAGAUUUUUUAACGAUCUAUGUUUUAUCGAUAAUAUCCAUUAUUAAACAGAAUGUAUCUACAAAAUUCUA